CGAGAGGGGUUGAAUUUUGUGUGUGUGGGAAGGUAGGUAGGUAGGUUAGGUAGAAAGGAGAACGCAGGGAAGUAUAAUGUAAAACGUGGGGUUGCAGAGAGUGGAGUGUUGUUUUUGCAGCAAACUGGGAGAUAAGGAGACUGAUUGGAUCGAAAACAGCGAAAACAUCAACACAGACUUCGCCGCCGCCCGCUGCCGCCACUUUCCGAAAAAUCUACCGACUCACUCUACUCCCCGCCGGCAGCCAAUUGUUUGUUGUUUUAGUCGCGGGCCGACGCGUUUGUUUUUCUAUCGUUGUCUUGAUUAUUUGUACGCGCGUGUUUCCCUUUUUCCCACCUGCGAUUAUGCACACCAUUUUUGGGGACCACCACCAAACGGCGUACUACAGACACGCGGCCGCAACCGGGGGAUACGCAACUACAGCCGCAACCCCGUACCCUUACGAGCAGUAUUCGCGAUACAGUUACGCGACAUGGCCUCAUCAACAGCACCAGCUCACAUCCCCCAAGGAUAUGGUCAAACCGCCGUACUCGUACAUCGCGCUCAUCGCCAUGGCCAUCCAGAACGCUCCCGAAAAGAAGAUCACCCUCAACGGGAUCUACCAGUUCAUCAUGGAGCGGUUUCCCUACUACAGGGAAAACAAGCAAGGCUGGCAGAACUCGAUACGCCACAACCUAAGUCUAAACGAGUGUUUCGUCAAAGUUCCAAGAGAUGACAAGAAACCCGGGAAAGGAAGUUACUGGACUUUGGAUCCGGACUCUUACAACAUGUUCGACAACGGUUCCUACCUGCGGAGAAGACGGAGGUUUAAGAAGAAAGACGCCCUUAGGGAAAAGGAGGAAGCUUUGAAACGCCAACAAAUUCAGGGGACCGACACACUCAGUAAACGGGACGAGAAACCCUUGGAGAUAACAAAAUCCGCUUCGUCGGGUAAACUGGAAUGUAGCAAACAGCCGAAACGUGAACCAAACACGGACAUAAGUUCGUGCAUGAGCAAGUCUGUGAUAGUUCACCAGGACCAUUUAAUAAGCGACGUGACGGCUUCGUUGCAGACCAUGGACACCACAGCUGCCUUUACUGUGGACAGUUUGAUGACCAACGGUAGGGAUCAAGUUCACGCUUACACCAGCCCCAGGUUACACGCUUCGGGGGGUAUGUACACUUAUUGUCCAGGGGCGAAUUCGCAACAGUAUGGCGUAACGGACGAUAGCACGCCGCGUUACAGUCCGUGGUACAGUCCGGAAACGUCACCGGAAUCCGUAAAUUCGUCUUCGGCCGGAUACAGGGACAUUAUUUUCGAAAGUGCACCGCCUAGUUGUCAAUUGGCCAGUUUUAGACAUUCGGGAAUGUCUUCGUCUAGUCCGCCCAAUUUCAGGACGUCCGCUUCGUAUUAUCAGCAGGACUGCGUGCAAAAAUACUGAGGACUGUUUUGUUACGAACAACAAGCUCCACAUUAUGUCAAGACUGAUCCGGACUAAACGAAUUUUACUCAAUGUACUUUUAUCGUGUAUAUUUUAAUGGUUUGUUUGUGCAAGUUAUCUAUUACGUCGGCAGCUGCAAUUUGUAUCUACACUAGGCACCCACUAACUAGGUUUUCAUGUGAUAGUGAUCAAAUAGUUAUUAUGUUGUUUGUUUGUAUCUGUAGAAUUCGAUUUCAAAUAGCACAACUUCCGAUGAAAGAAUGAAGAGGUUUUGUCCUUCCUUGACGGUUAAUUUUCUUGAUUACCUAUUUCGAAACAUGUGUUCUAGAUACAUAAAUAAUUACUUAUAUGAAGAAAUACUGGGGGUAGAAUUCUGCUAGUCAUAUUUUUCAUUCAAAAAAUCAAAUUGUUAAAUUCAAUGGAUGUUUUCUUCGCAGAAAAUCUAUCAUACGGUAUUACAUAGGUACAUAUUCCGUUUUUUGAAUAAAUUCAUACAAUUCCUUAAAAUUGCGAGAUUUUUAAAAAUUAUGCAACCAAUUCAAAUGGUAUCAUACAUAUUUACUUUUACCCUUUUUUUUGACAAAUAUCUAAAUGAGCAUGUGUCCUUUGCUUUACUUCUAUGAAAAUGGUGUUCCACAAGGACAUACCUAUUGUAGAUCAAUCACAAUGAUUUUUUUAUUUUUAUUUCUUUGUUUUUUGUAAAUUACGUAUGUAUAUAUGUAGGUACUUAUUGUCGAAAAACACCUCCAGAAAAGGAUUAUUUACCCAGUGGUUUAUGUUCCUAGAUUAUUAAAUUCAUUCCUAUAAGUAUAGGAUGUAAUAACAAUUAUUACAAUUUCUGAGUAAUAAUGCGCACGUAGAAGAGUCACUACUCCUUUACUUAAACCAUAAUGUUUACUAAACUGUUCGUUCACCCACUAUAGGUAGGUACUGACUACUUAAUUUGCAUCCCCUUCUUAAUCCGCUUAUAAGAGGAAAAAAGCACUUUAGUCAGUAUAAAAAUGAAAUACUAAUUGUCGAUGUAUGUAACAAAUGUUUAUCCACGUAUUAAAUUAAAUAUUUGUGCGUGUCCAUGUGAGUGUAAAUUUUGAAUAAGUAUAAAUAGAUAGGUAAAUGGAUCAAGUCCAGUUGUACAUUAUUUAUUAUGAAAAAGUCACGUGAAAUAUAGGAAAAAUAAUAAAAGAGAUAAAUCUGUUAAACUGUGUAGUUCUUUGUAGGUACUACCUAUAGAGGUAACAGGUACUUGAUUAGAAAUUUCAGAUUUCAGACAGAUAUUUGUACCUGUAUGUCGCUAAGAAGAACCAG